UAUGUCAAACUGUCAUUUGAGUGUUGAAAUCAACCAUGAAGGUUUUCUUGUGUACAAUUCUAUUGGCAGGAUAUGCCUUAGCCGCGCCAGAUUUAAGAAUUAUUGGAGGAGAAAACACCAUUCCUCACAAGCAUCCAUAUAUGGUUUCAAUUCAGCAAAAUAUGGGUGAUUCUGUCGAUCAGAGCUACUUCCAUAUUUGUGGUGGAUCAAUUAUCCACGAUAGAUGGAUCCUCACAGCUGCCAAUUGUGUGGAAGAUAUGGAAGAAGAUAUACGAAUUGUUGCAGGAGCUCAUCAACUGUCGCAAUUGGACGGAACUGAACAAAUACGGACGCCCAAGAAGAUAGUGAUGCAUUAUAAAUAUGAAGGAAAAAAUGCCCGAUAUUACGACUUGGCUCUCGUGCAACUCAACAUACCUCUGGAUUUCAAUGAGAAAAUUGGCAAAGUGAAGUUACCCGAAACUGAUCCUUAUUAUCCAAUUGGUUUGGCCACGGUGACUGGCUGGGGAGCCACAAAUCUUGACGAUCCAUUUGAUAAUUCCGACAUUCUCAUGAAAGCAGAUUUACCCAUUAUUCCGCCUCUCAAAUGUUACGGCAGGGAUUCUGACGGUUUCCAGGCUCAUCUGACCAGUCUCUGUGCUGGUGCACUCGACGGAAGUAAAGGCGUCUGCGUGUUUGAUUCUGGCAAUCCUCUCGUUCAGCGGAAUGCCCAUGGAGAACCGAUUCAAAUAGGAGUCGUCAUCUAUGGAUGGGAGUGGUGUGCGGAAAAGGACACGACGGGAUUCUUCGUGAACACAUCCUUCUUCAUUCAGUGGAUUUACGACACGAUGGGCGUCAAAAUUGGCUGUUUUCAUCAGUUGUCUCUAGACUGUUUGAAGAUGAAGCUCUUUGUGUGCAUUGCGGUUCUCGUUGGUUAUGCCGCCGCGGCGUCCAUAGACCACAAGGUUGUUGGAGGAAAGGAAGCCACUCCUCAUGAGUUCCCUUACAUGGUUUCCCUCCAAUGGAUGGACAAUCCUAACACCAAACACUUCUGCGGAGGACUUCUUCUCAGUGAGAAAUGGGUUUUAACUGCUGGCCACUGCGUCAAUGCCUUCAGUAAGAACACUGAAGUUGUUGCUGGAGCUCAUAGUAUAAAGAAACCUGACAGUUAUGAGCAGAGAAGGACGCCCUUGAAGACAUUCGUCCACGAAAACUACGGUGGAGACGUUGGUCCACAUGAUCUUGGCCUUGUUGAGGUCUCAGAACCCUUCGAGUUCAACGAAUAUGUGACUAAAGUUAAUCUGCCCACUGAACCUGCCUAUCCAACUGGAAUGGCGACUAUUUCCGGAUGGGGAUCGAUGUCCAACAACUUCUUCCCUAAAUACCCCGACAAGCUCAUGAAGGCUGAUCUCCCGCUUUUGGACUCUCAGAAGUGCUUCAAUGACUAUCCCGGAACGCCAAUGCACGAAACCAAUGUGUGUGCAGGCGAGCCUAACGGAUCCAAGGCGGUGUGCAGCGGUGAUUCCGGAAGUCCUCUUGUGGUGAAGAACUCCGAGGGAGAAUUUGUGGUGUACGGAGUCACGAGCUGGACAUGGCUGCCCUGCGGAUCUCCAGGAAAAACAGGAGUUUUCUUUUCUUCUUUCCGUACCCUAAAGAUGAAGCUCUUUGUGUGCAUUACGGUUCUCGUUGGUUGUGCUGCCGCGGCGUCCAUUGACCACAAGGUUGUUGGAGGAAAGGAAGCUACUCCUCAUGAGUUCCCUUACAUGGUUUCCCUCCAGUGGAUGGACAAUCCUGACUUUAAACACUUCUGCGGAGGAUCUCUUCUCAAUGAAAAGUGGGUUUUAACUGCAGCUCACUGUGUCGAAGCAUUCACUGAAAAUACGGAAAUUGCCGCUGGAGCCCAUAGCAUACAACAUCCCGACAAAUUUGAGCAGAGAAGGAAGCCUUUAAGGAUAAUCAUUCAUGAAAACUACAAUGGCGAUAUUGGCUCAAAAGAUAUCGCUUUGGUUGAAGUCUCAGAACCCUUUGAAUUCAACGAAUAUGUGACCAACAUCAAUCUGCCCACUGAACCUCUCUAUCCAACUGGAAUGGCGACUAUUUCUGGAUGGGGAUCGGUAUCGAGUAACGUAUAUCCUGACAAGCUCAUGACAGCUGAGCUUCCGCUUUUGGACUCUCAGAAGUGCUUCAAUGACUUUUCUACCAGUCCUAUAUAUGAUUAUCAUAUUUGUGCUGGAGAAGAAGAUGGAUCAAAGGCUAUUUGCAGUGGAGACUCCGGAAGUCCUCUUGUGGUGAAGAACUCCGAGGGAGAAUUUGUUGUGUACGGAGUUACGAGCUGGACAUGGCUGCCCUGCGGGACUCCAGAAACGACAGGAGUUUUCGUGAAUGUGUCUCACUACUUGAAAUGGUUGGCGGAGAAAAUUGUAUUCUAAAUAAAUACGAUUAUCAGUAAAUCGAUGUUUCGUAAGUUAAGGCCGUCAUGAUUUUGCUUGAUUAACUGGUUUGAGGAGUGGCAUGACGUUACUAUACUUUAAUUAAGAUAGGCCUCAAGCAC